AUGUCUAUUCAUGCCGUAAGUUUGCUCUUUGAAGCUAUUUUUCUAAAAGCAAAAUCACUGCAGGCUCUUGGAAGGUUUACAGCUCAAUCAUGCAAAGUGAUUUUGGACACUGUUGAAUCUGCAACGCCAGAUGGCUUGCCUGAAAAUUUUGCUUUUGAUUGUAAAUUGCUCGAGACCUUAAACAAAGCUGUCAAGUUACUUCCAGAGUUAUGGAAACUUGCUUAUACUCCUCGAGAAGCAAUUUUAGCUUAUAGACGGGCCUUACUUUAUCAGUGGAAUUUUGAUAUAGAAGCCAGAACAAAAGUAGAAAAGGACUUUGCUAUAUUCCUCCUUUAUAGUGGUGAAUUUAGGUCCCUUGCCUAUCAAGUUGAAGAGUUGCCUCCAGGAAUCAUCGAAGGAAAAGAAAAAUACACUUCUUUAGCUCAGUGUUACUAUGCGAAAGGUGUCUCUCUUUCAGUUCAAUCUAGAGGUGUCGGUUCUGAAUCUCAGAGGACGUCCAGACAAUCUAAAGCACUCGAGGCCCUUAAAACUGCUCAAAGAAUGACAAAGUAUAUUGAUGCCGAGAACAUAAUUGAUGCUGCUCUGGAUGAGACAGGAAAGUGGGAUCAAGGAGAAUUGCUAUGGACUAAGGCCAAACUGCAGAUUGCACAUGGAAAUUUAACGGAUUCAAUCGAGACAUAUACUAAACUUCUUGCUGUUCCUCAAGUCCAGAGAAAAAGUUUUGGAAUCCAGAAAAAGCUUUUAAAGGAGGAACGAUAUCAGGAGUUUAGAAAUGGAAACGUCAUCAUUUCUCAUUCUGCUUCUAGAUGGCAUUCCACAGGUUUAUUUUAUGAAGCAGAAGGCCUCCACAAGGAGGCUCUCCAGACUUUUGGGAAGGCCCUAGAUAUUGAACCAAACCAUGUUCCGAGCUUGAUAUCUACAGCUGCUGUUCUUAGGCAACGAAGUAACCAAUCACUGGCAGUUGCCAAAAGCUUUCUAACUGAUACAUUGCGUCUCAAAAGAACUAACCCUUCAGCACGGUACAAUCUUGGGCUACUCUGUAGAGUGAAGGUAGUUCAGCAAUGGGAGCCGCGACAGAGUGCUUUGAGGCUGCAGCCCUUCUCCAAGAAUUUGCCCUGGUCGAACCUUUUAAUCGAUGCAAUUCAAAGAACUGUUGAGGAUGUAUUUGCAUUCAAGCAAAUCAAUGUUUAUAAGGAGCGUUUUUAUGAUGGAGAUCCUUGA